AGCUAUAAAGGGGGCGGCAGAGGCGAGCGGAACCGGACAGCCAGCCCAGCGCAGACCCCCGACCGCCGCCAUGCUGAACCACGACGAGAAGCAGCUGAUCAAACACGCCUGGGAGAAGGUGCUGGGGCACCAGGAGGACUUUGGGGCCGAGGCCCUGGAGAGGAUGUUCAGCGUCUACCCCCAGACCAAGACCUACUUCCCCCACUUCGACCUGCACCAUGACUCGGAGCAGAUCCGCCACCACGGCAAGAAGGUGGUGACCGCCCUGGGGGACGCCGUGAGGCACAUGGACAACCUCAGCGAGGCGCUCUCCGAGCUCAGCAACCUGCACGCCUACAACCUGCGCGUGGACCCGGUCAACUUCAAGGCAAGUGCAGGCCAGGGCUGGGGAGAGUUCCCGGGGGUGCGGGAUCAGCCCCCCCUUUCCCUUCUCUCCCGGGGGUGCGGGAUCAGCCCCCCCUUUCCCUUCUCUCCCGGGGGUGCGGGAUCAGCCCCCCCUUUCCCUUCUCUCCCGGGGGUGCGGGGUCAGCCCCCCCCCUUUCCCUUCCCUCCCGGGGGUGCGGGAUCAGCCCCCCCCUUUCCCUUCUCUCCCGGGGGUGCGGGAUCAGCCCCCCCCAUUCCCUUCUCUCCCGGGGGUGCGCGCUGUCCCAGGCGCUGCCGGCUCGGGACUCCCUCGGACCGAGGGUUGGUCUGCCGCUGACACUGUGCGCUUUGCU